GACAGCACAUAGCCAGGUUGACCGCGCUAUUCAUACGCAUAUCUCCGGCGAACUAGCACGCCUGUAGACAACGAACAUUCCGUUUCCCGACGGUUUCACGAUUUCCUUGGACUCAACACGGCAUAAGAGAGAAAAAGCGAAGCUGAGCGCGAUGGCGGUAUCGAAUUCGAGGUGGAACGUCCGGCGAGCGGCAAUAUGGGCCAUGGCAUUGGCUACGGGGGUUCUAGGCGACGACCGACUGGUCACGAAAGGGUUUACCAACUGCGAGGCGGAGAGCGUCGUCAGGAUCCAGCAAGUAGACAUCUCUUUCAGCAACUCGGACAAGAUUGUGGUUUUCGACAUUGCGGGUGUGAGCAGCAAACGACAGAACGUGACGGCGACGUUGGCCGUGAGUGCGUACGGCCAAGACAUUUACACAAAAAGCUUCAACCCUUGCGAUGAAGCUACGUUGAUCGCAGCUCUGUGCCCCGCCCCGGCGGGAAGCUUCUCCGCGAGGGGUUCGCAAGCGGUCCCUGCGGAAUAUGCUGGCGCCAUUCCCGGAAUCGCUUUCCAGAUGCCCGACAUCGUGGCACAAGCGACGCUGAAACUGAAGAGCUUAGACGACGGAGCGGAGGUGGGCUGCGUCAGGUGCCAGAUAACGAACGGGAAGUCCGCGGUCAUCCCAACGGUCGCAUACAUCGCUGCCGGUGUAGCGGGAGCAGCCUUACUCGUGGGUGGUGUCGGAGCCGUCGGUGCUACACUCUCCGGAGGAGCGGGUGCGGGCGGCGGUACGAUAAGCCCAAGCUUCACGGAGAUGUUGGGCGUUUUCCAGGGGUUCGCUAUGAACGGCAUGAUGACCGGCCAGCUACCGCAGGUAUACCGGAGCUUCACGCAGAACUUCGCCUUCUCCUCGGGCCUUAUCCCGUGGAUGCAGAUGCAGAUCUCGAUCGAUAACUUCCGCGGUGCCACCGGUGGAAACCUAACCAGGGAUAGCGUCGAAUACCUCCUCAAGUCCAACUUCGCCUUCCAGAACGGUUCCGUCACGAGACGCUCCCUCGAUGGCCUCUCCCUGGCCGCACGCGAGAUCGAGACCCAGGUCAGCGGCACAACCCCCAGCGACGAGAGUUUCACGGCGGCAGCCGAGGCGACGAUCCGCGAGGCCGUCUCCGGUAUCAAGCAAUACGCCGAGCAACUAUCCGUGCCUCAGUCAAACACGUUCAUGACCGUUCUACUAAUCGUCGCCAUCGUCGUCGCCGUUAUCGUUGUCGGUAUCCUGCUCAUCAAGGUCGUCCUCGAGGUCUGGGCUCUGUACGGCAAUUUGCCCGCGUCCCUGACCGGGCUGCGCAAGCACUACUGGGGCUCCAUCGCCCGCGCCCUCACGUCCCUAGUCCUUCUCCUCUACGGCAUCUGGGUCCUGUACUGCGUGUUCCAGCUCACGCACGGCGACUCGUGGGCCGCUCAGGCGCUCGCCUGCGUGACCCUGUUGCUCUUCACGGGUAUCCUGGCCUUUUUCUCGUGGAAGAUCUGGACGAUGGCGCGGCAGCUCAAGAACACGCAGGGAGACACGUCGGCCCUGUACGAAGACAAGAAGAUCUGGUUCAAGUACUCGCUGUUCUACGAGUCGUACAAGAAGGAUUACUGGUGGGUCUUCGUGCCGGUCAUCUUUUACAUGUUCAUCAAGGGUUGCGUCCUCGCGGCCACCGACGGCCACGGCAUGGCCCAGGCGGUCAGUCUGCUCUUCAUCGAGGGAUUGAUGCUGGCCCUGCUCGUCUGGAGCCGACCGUUCGAGCGCAAGUCGGGCAACGUCAUCAACAUCAUGAUCCAGGUCGUCCGUGUCCUCUCCGUGAUCUGCGUCUUCAUCUUCCUCGAGGAAUUCGGCCUCGCUCAGACGACGCAGACCGUCGCCGGCGUCAUCCUCGUCGGCAUACAAUCGGCGCUCGCCGUUGCCCUCGCCCUCCUCAUCGCCUGCAACGCCAUCGUGGCCUGCGUCAAGCAGAACCCGCACCGCAGGCGCAGAAAGGAGAUGGAGAAAAUGCAACGCGACCUAGACGAUCUGACGCCUCUAGACGCGCGCAACUCGCUGUUGAUGGAGCGCAACAAGUCUGGUGAAUCUAUCAAUUACCUGGGAUCCUUCCCCAUGGACAAGAAGGCGUCCCCGGCUUACGAGUCGUCGGGCGACCGGUAUAUCGGCGUCGCGAUCGAGCCGGCGAACCCAUACGCGGCGGUGGCUUUAUCGCACAAUAGGUCGUUGACGCCCGGCGCACGAGACCAGGGCCGCGAGAGCCUCGUGUUAAACGCGGCGCCCAUGGGGCAGGACACGCGCGGAGGCUACUGAGAAGUCAUCAGCAGCCCACCUGCGGGUGGGGAGGGGAUGACGAAAGGAGUGGUAGAAGAACAGAAUGACAGUUGGGAGAAAAGAACUUCUGAGGAGGGAAGAGGGAGAAAGAAACAAGCCACUACCCUAGUCGAGUCGGCAGAGCUCGAUAAACACGGGUUGGGUAUAUAUAUACCAAUACGUAACGUGGCCACGAAACGCUGUAUAACAGACGACACAACCUACCUAUACUAACAACCCCGUAACCACCCAACGACUCUCCG